AUGGGACCGGGGAAUGUUGACCCUGUUGACUGGUCGGUUGAUGAAGUUGUGAGCUUCCUCUGUGAUUCAGGUCCUGCACCAUGGGCUCAAUCUUCAAAUACCCCGCGACCUGAUGCAACUUGGCUUGAAAACACUCUCCGUGAAAAUGAAAUAGUUGGAGAGCUACUUAUGCAUGUCGACAACGAUGGCCUCAAGGACAUGGGUGUCAAAGCAUAUGGCCAUAGAAUUAUGCUGAUGAAAGCCAUUCAGUGGCUACAGGAGAAGUCCUCCAAAUAUCAGCAGUCACAAAAGAAGGCAUCUAAGAAUGUAGUAGCUGCUACUUCUCAGACGCCUGUUCUACAAACAGCAUCUCACGGGUAUUCACCUGCUGUGAUGGAUCUCGAUCAUGAAGACCCAAAUUUGGCCCACAAAGAAAGUGGCGUUGCUCAAGGAGCCCCAAAGCAGAAACGGAGGAUCCAACCCACACUUUUGCAACCAUCGACAAACCAGACCAUAUUGGGAAGACCCGUUUCACAAGAUGCAACCUCCCGGCCCAAAGGGAUUCUUACGAACAUAUCAGACUUGUAUGAAACUGCUAGAGAUGGCUUAACCCCCCCAAUCACUGGAGGCCGAUCUCGAAGCAAACGAGAAAAUGAGUUCCUCGCUGAGUUGGAAAUCAAAUGGGCCCAACAGGAUGAUGAAGAAGUCCUUCCUCUCUACGGAGAGUCCAGUUCAGACGAAGAGUACGAGGAGGAUACUUGGGCAGAAGUACUAGAAGAUAAUCCCGAUCCUGGAAACCCACGCCCGGCAGCACCACACUCCUCUUCCAUCUCCAAACACGAGUGUGACACGCUUUUGGCUGAAUAUGUUGCCAAUAAAGAGGAAUGGUGGAACCAAGAGAUUCUUCCCAAAAUUCUGCCGGAUGCACAUGGGAUGUGGAAAUAUUUUCGGGAAGAUGGUACACUCGAGUAUCAGAAAACCAUGCUGAGAAAAGUGACGAAGGCACUCCGGGAACGCAUGAACGCUUUACAGGAUGCAGUAAAGGCCGAAUCCUACAAGUCACAUGGGGCAUUCAAAAGAGCAUGUGGAGCCCUGGACGUGACACUUUUUGAUCGGUGCCACGCGCGAUGGCAACUGGAUGUUCUGGAAUUGGAUAAUUGCCCUGAAUAUGUGGCACGCCCAACCCGAGAUUCCACUACGGAGCGAGAUGAAUCCGAUGAUUCCGAUGAAGAUGAUGUGUUGAUCUAUGAUACAGACUGCUUUGGUGUGGGGUCGACUGACCAAGAAUUUGAUUCUCAUUCAUCUGACAAUGGUGAUGAUACCUUCACGCUUGAUGAAUUCGAAGAACAAGGCGGCAGUCAUGAUUCGUCAAUGGCACUUCAUUCGGGAGGAAUGCCUUCCGGAUUGGAAACUGAUUUCCCCAAUUUAGGGAUUUCACCCUGUUCUCACAGCAACGAAUCGACAAGCCCGGCCUCAAAUAAGCGACGACGUCUAAAUGAAUCAGGUCAAGACAAGCGUACCGAUGAUUUCCAUGGUCCUUUCCGCCAAGAGGGUGAUUCGGACAUUGAGUUGCUUGAUGUGAAUGAUGCACCUGACCAUUCCAUGCCCACCUCGCCACAGCAGGAGCAUGAUAAGGAGGUCACAGUAAAGACUCCACCUCUGAACCCUACUCCUCUAGGCACCGAUGUUGAUGACAAGGGCAAUGAGAUUCCUCUCAUCGAAAGUCGGAACCCACCGCGCUUUGUCAAUACUAGCCUUAAACGGCCUCGCGACACCACCCAGGAGUCAAUUUCCGACGGUUACAAAUUGUCUCAAAAACGAUUACCCGGAAGUCGCACCGAAGAACCCGAUUCAUUACUUGAGAGUGAUGACGCCGAUGCUCUUAAGACGGUGGAGAAUAUGAGUAUUUCAUCUAUCGAGGAGAAUAAGAACCGCCUCCAUUUGUUGGCAAAGAUGGUCACCCAAUUGACAUCUAGCGAAUAUGAAGGAUUUCCUGAGUACCUGAGCUCACUACAUCAUUCAAUCUAUCGCGAAAGAAUUCAGGAAGUGAUCCGAGCCAUGAUGAACAACCAGCGAACGUUGGAUGCCCUUGGUCCAGUGGAUAACAAGCUCACGAUGCGCCUGGGCGCUUUGUUUGUGUCCUGGUACCACUGUCUUGGCCUAACUUCAACUGGACUCGAACGCCCGCGGCUCAAGGAGGCACUCACUGCGAUUGAGGAUGAGGCAAAUGGCACAGCAAUCUCGAAAAGGUUUAUUACCAAGCUAAAAUCGCUCGUGAGCACUUACAACGCCUCGCAGCCCAAUUCUUCACGACGUGAUACCAGCUCAGUGUAUCAUCAUACUUCGAAAAGAAGAAGGAUGUCUAUGCCAAAAGGAAUCAGAGUAUCCACUACGCAAACCAGUGCUGUGAAACGAAAGGCAUUGCAGGAUCAAGCUCGUGAGAAGUUCAUGAUUGGACUUGAAAGAAGAGGCUUGAGCAACAGUGCUCCGGCAAGGCAGGCGGUCACCUUUAAAGAUCCUGCAAUCUACCUUCCUCCGACCAUUGGAAAAUUCAUCAAAUCACACCAGCUGGCCGGAAUUCAAUUCAUGUGGCGGGAACUUUGUGACAGUGGCAAGCCCCAGGGAUGCUUGCUUGCCCAUGUGAUGGGAUUAGGCAAAACCCUUCAAGUGAUUUCUCUUCUCGUCACGAUUGGCGAAGCCGCUGCUUCCCAAAACCCUAGGAUCAAAGCACAAGUCCCAGAGAGACUUCAUCGAUCCCAAACUAUCAUCCUUUGUCCACCAUCUCUCAUCCCCAACUGGGUCAAAGAAUUUGAAUGCUGGGCACCGGUUGGCCAUCACCUGGGAGAAAUCAGAUCGGUCACGGCCAGCGGUGUCCCAAACUAUCUGGAAAGACUGGAAACCGUUCUAGAUUGGCAAAAGAAUGGGGGCGUGCUUAUCUUGAGUUACGAUUUGCUCCGCAACUUGGUCAAUCACGGCGUAAGCCAACUCAGUCCCGAGGACCACAAAUUGAUGAAAGACGCUCUGCUAAAUGGCCCCAACAUCGUUGUUGCUGAUGAAGCACAUAAAUUGAAGAGUGAGAACUCCGCUAUUAGCAAAGUGACUGCUCUUUUCAAAACCAAGAGUCGAAUCGCAAUGACGGGAUCGCCCCUGGCGAACAACCUGGCCGAAUAUUAUCAAAUGAUUGACUGGGUUGCACCGGGCUACAUGGAGUCAAUGCAUUCGUUCAAGGAGAAGUUUAUGGAUCCCAUACAGACCGGUCUCUACAUUGAUAGUACCGAAGACGAGCGCAGGAAAGGACUUAUCGCGAUGGAAGUUCUCAAAGGUGUCUUAGAACCCAAAGUACAACGCGCAAGUUAUUCCGUACUUGCAUCCGAUUUGCCCCCGAAAACAGAAUUUCUCAUUCACAUCCCGUUGACUGAAAUACAGCGAAAAGCAUACAAUAUCUUCGUUGAGGAAGUCAAAUCAUCGGGCAAUUUUGGCAAGAUAUGGCAGUGGUUGGCGAUUAUGCAGCUCUGCUGUAAUCAUCCAGCACCGUUUCUGAAGAGGCUGGAAGAUCGAGAGGAACCAAGAAGUGGAGAUCAAGAUACCUUGGCAGCAUCCUCAACAGACGAGAACGCUGCAUUGCCGCCAGAUUUGGUUCCACGGAUCAGAGAACUCUUGGACACAGUGCCUGAUUUGUACCAUUGUGUCCUGUCAAAUAGGACAUUGCUGCUUGAAAAAAUUCUGGACGAGUCGAAAAGAGUCGGUGAUAAGAUUCUAGUCUUUUCACAAAGUAUUCCCACGCUGAACCACCUCGAAAGCGCGUUCAGAAAAUGUGGCCGAAAAUACAGGCGCAUCGACGGCACCGUUCAGACCUCCCAGCGUCAGUCUGUUAUCACAGACUUCAACCAGGGAUCCGAUUUUGACAUUAUGCUCAUCUCGACUCGGGCUGGUGGGCUAGGCCUGAACAUACACGGAGCAAACCGUGUCGUUAUUUUCGAUUUCUUGUUCAACCCAGCCUGGGAGGAGCAAGCUAUUGGGCGUGCGUACCGCCUUGGUCAGACAAAGCCCGUCUUUGUUUAUCGCUUUGUUGCCGCAGGAACCUUUGAGGAGAGGAUUUUCAAUUUGACAACGUUCAAGGGUCAGCUUAUGAUCCGCGUGGUUGACCAGAAAAGUGACCUUCGUCGGAGUCGCAAGGUGCAUACAGAGUAUCUGCUUCCUGUCGAACAGGGAACUCGAAAAUCCGUUGAUCAUGUUCUUGGGAAGGAUCCUGAGGUUCUCGACAAAGUCCUCGCCAAUGGUGAUCUCGCUGACGGGAUUUUGGAAAUUGCUCUUUCCAACGUUCAACAUGACGCGACUGACAUGUUGUCAACGGAAGAGAUUUCACACGCCAGAGAUCAGUUGGCUCUAGAGCAGCUCAAACGCAAGGACCCAGAGGCAUAUGCGAAAGAAAUGAAGAGCCGGCAAGUAUCCCAGCGCGCCCAGCAUUCUCUGUCUUAUCAUUCCGCUCUGCCCGUUCGGCCGCCUUAUCAUUCCCAAGCAUCUCGGAUUCAGCAGACACUGCGUACACUGGCAGCACGGGACCCGAAGCAGCCAAAAACAGCCACAGAACCUGGAUCCAAAUCACCGGGUUCGGCUUCCAUGGCAUAUGAUGGUUCUGCUCAACGAUCUACUUCAGCAAACUGGGUUGAUAGACCGCAGAACUCGCCGCUGCAGGGGAAUCAGCAGGCGCCUUUCAUCCUCCCUGGAUACCCCAAUAAUUUCCAUUACUACCCCAGUGGUUUCCGAUCCUUUGGCCCACCUCACCUUGGCCCACCUCACGCUCUCAUCCAAAUGAUGUCAGAUCCAAAGCACCCCUCAAACGCCAUCAGUUUAGCAGUUCCAGACGCGCAGACUGGAUUAAUGGGCGGCACAAUGAUGGCCACACCUCUUGGCGGAACUGGGGGUAGCAAUCAAACCCAAGAAUUCCCCGGCCAACCAAGCCAAUCACGGGACAAGCCAGAAAAGGAGAUGGAAAAAGGCACGGUCCCCAACACCACCGCACCAGAUGGCGAUAAACCGUCUUCUACCCAGACUGCGGCCGAACCGUAA